GUGGGUUUUUUGUUUUCUAAGUAAAGAUUAUUAUAAUUUCCCCCGUCUUUAGAUAUUUUUGGUAAAUUUGCCGUUUCUCUUUUACUUGAGAAAAGAUUUUUGCACACGUUGAAUUCUAUAUUUUAUAUAGCUGAGAUUUUAUUGUAAAUUUUAACUUAAGGUAUUCUAAAGUGAGUUUGUUUUGUGUUGUUAAUGUGGUUGUUGCUAACCAAUUAGUAAUUGAAUCUCAGCAGUUUAUCAAUAAAAUGAUAAAUGAAAGUAUUUAUGAUUGGUAUUUGGAUUUAAAAGAUACAUCUUAUGAUGCAAUAUAUUGUAGAUAUUGUUUGGAUUUUAAAGUUGAACUGUUCUGCUGCAAGAAAGCUUUAGCCAAAAAGAUAAAUAGAUUAGUUGACACCAUCAGAAAAUUAAAGAAACAACGAAUAAAUAAAAAAUUAGCAUUGUUAUUAGGUGAAGCCUUUUUUCCACCUGUGGCAAAUUUUUCUGAUAAUACAGUGAGUGCAUCAGAAAUUCCUAAAGAAACAAUACUGAUAAGCGAAAACAAAAUGCUUAAAAAAGAAAAGAAAAUUUUAAAAAGGAAAAUGGAAUCUAUGAUGGAUUUACAAAUGGAUUAUUUUACACAUCUAAAAGAUUUUGAAGAUAUGACAAACAAUCUAAAAAUACUUAUUUCGAAAAACUCUCUAAUAGAAGCUGAAUUAAACUUUAUUAAAAAGUGUUAUUGUGAAAAAGAAGAAAAGCUUAAUAAUAUUGAAAACAAAUUAGAGCUAUUAAAGUCAAAAAAAGAAUCAUUUAAUGUUAGAAAUUUGAAUAAAAAAAUAAAAUAUCAGAAGGAAGUUGUUUCGUUAUAUAGUAAGACAAACAUUUUAAAAGAGGAGAAUCUAGAACUUCAAAAAUUGGUUUUUUUGCUGGAUGAUGACGAAGUAAUAACAUUUGAAGAUGGCAGAUACAGUGAUGACAUUCGAGAAACAAUAAUGAAACUUCUUUCAAUGAACCCAAAAAGAACAUAUCUAGACUGCCAUCAGCCGCUGUAA